CUCCACCCAGUGCAAAACAAACAUAACCCAGACCCAGUGCACUAGACACUGAGCAACAGGACUGGAAUAAACAGACAAGACAGGAAAGACACAAACAAUAUAACCACUGAAAGACAUAUGUAAUGAAAAAUCAGACUUCUGAUCAACAUGGUGUUUGUCACUGAUACAUUAUUUGUCUGUAGCUCCAUCUUCACAGGAAGACUAAGAAUUCUUCUAGGUCUUUUACCCACUGUCAUCAUUGGUCUAGGGGCCAAACACAUUCAUGAUUGUCCAAAGCAGCCCAUGGUUCCUAUCUACCUGCUAGUAGGUGGAAUUGCCUGUCUGAUUAUCCAGAUCCUCCCCUGUCUUUUUUGCUGCCAAUCCAAUGGCCAACCUGGUCUACUGUGCAAGAUUCUUACAAAUCUGCUCCUACUUUUUUGUCUGAUCUGGCUUGUGACAGGUACUGUUUUUGUAUACAUGGCCUAUGAACCGAAAUAUGAAUUCCGCCUGUCCGCUGAUUACUGCGAGAGGACUGUCUACAAGUUUGCUUUCUGGAUUACAACUGCUAUAUACGUUUUCAUUCUGCUACUACUGCUCGGAUACUGCUGCAGCUGGAGCCAAAAAUUAUAUUACAGGAGAGCUCAAAAGAAGUGUCACAUCAUGACAAUAAGUAAACCUACACAUGUUCUUGGCUGCCAUACUACCUUCUUUAAGAAACAUUUUAUUAUAUUUCAGUCAUUAACUAUCAGUCAAAAUUCAGUGAAGAUGGAAACAGAAGAAAGAAGUGCUGUUCAAAAAUCAUUCAUUGUGAUGCUGAAUCUGAGUGCUUGGAUGGUUCUGAUAACAGCUGUGGGGUUAGGAGCCAUGCAUUACAAUGAAUGCCCCAUUCAGCCCCACAUUCCUAUAUAUCUGAUUAUUAUUGGUGUGUGUGGACUCAUUUUACUGAUGUUGGCCUACUGGAUGAACACAUUGCGUGAAGGAUUCUGGCUUCAGAUCUGCCUUCUAUGCAUUCUUGGCAUCGUUGUUUUCAGCGUUGUCUGGUUUCUUACAGGAACAGUCUGGGUUUACUCCAUAUAUCCUCCAAACUACAAUUCCUCAGCCGUGGGACACUACUGUCAGAGGACUCUUUACCUUUUUGCCUUUUGGUUCAAUAUCCUGUGCUUUUUGUCUGUGCUUGUUACGAUACCUUGUUGCAUAUGUUAUUUCGUGUAUGAGUGUGUUAGACGUGCAUACUCUCCAUAA